AAUGAAUCCCCUGUAUGCCAGUACGUGUGAUUCCAACUCCUUUGACAAUUAUUGUGCGAAUGCGACAACACAAACCGAAAUCGAACUCAAUGAGGAUGUGAUCAACAAAUCAAACACGACUCUCUUUCCUUGUGGCCUCUUAUCUUUAUCAGAAAGUCAAAAACAUUUUAAAGGAUCCUUUUAGCCGACAUAAAGAAGUGAUCGAAAGAUCACUAUUUUUGGCAAUUCCAGGUUAAUGAAGAAGAAAUUUACCAUUUUUGAAACUUCCAUAUAUGACUAUGAGAUGAAAAAAAAACUUCCUUAAAUCCUGUGAUUGUUCUGCAGUUUCAAUCGAAGAUUCGGUGUCAUUCCUUUAUGCCUUGAGGAGAAAUCUUGUCACUAGGCGACAUCUCAUGCUCUGUUCGGGAAAGAAAUAGAAAUCCCAUCGUCAUCUCGAGUCGGCGACUUUUCUGCUCGGUUUCUUGCCAUGACCCACCUCGCGACUCGACUCUCAUCUCCACGCCCAUAACAGUCGCCUGAUUAUCGCUCCGGAAUGGAGGCAUCCGCCCACGACGGCCUCCGCUUCUGGCAAUUCAUGAUCGCCGGUUCCAUCGCCGGCUCCGUCGAGCAUAUGGCCAUGUUCCCUGUCGACACCGUCAAGACGCAAAUGCAAGCCAUGGGCUCUCGCCCCGUCAAGUCCGUUCCCGUCGGAGUGGCGCACUCGCUCCGAUCCAUUCUGAAGUCGGACGGUCCGAUGGGCCUCUACCGGGGCAUAGCCGCCAUGUGCCUCGGCGCCGGCCCCGCUCACGCCGUCUACUUCUCCGUCUACGAAGCCUGCAAGAAGUUCUUCUCCGGCGGUGACCCCCGCAACUCGGCCGCCCACGCCGUUUCCGGAGUGUGCGCGACGGUGGCGAGCGACGCGGUGCUCACGCCGAUGGACAUGGUGAAGCAGAGGCUGCAGUUGAGGGACAGUCCUUACAAAGGGGUGUGCGAAUGCGUGAGGAGGGUCUUCAAGGAGGAAGGCGUCAGGGCUUUCUAUGCCUCGUAUAGGACCACGGUGGUCAUGAAUGCUCCGUUCACCGCGGUGCAUUUCUUCACGUAUGAGGCGGCUAAAAGGGCUUUGAUGGAGGUCUCUCCAGAGACUGCGGAUGAUGAGCGGUGGGUGGUUCAUGCCACUGCUGGCGCGGCUGCUGGGGCAGCGGCGGCGGCCAUCACCACUCCCCUCGAUGUGGUCAAGACUCAAUUGCAAUGUCAGGGCAUCUGUGGUUGUGACCGGUACAAGACCACUUCAAUUGGAGAUGUUAUCGAGUCAAUAGCGAAGAAGGAUGGAUACAGAGGGCUCGUGAGAGGAUGGAUUCCGCGAAUGCUUUUCCAUGCUCCUGCUGCCGCAAUAUGCUGGUCUACAUACGAGGCCUCAAAAGGCUUCUUUCAAGAGCUUAACAACCGCAGAGAUACUGAUGCGGUCACAUAAAAAUUAGAAGCGAAUAUUAAUGUUGUUUUUCCGGUAGCAUCAUACUACUUUUGCCCAUCGAACAGAGAGAAGGAGAAGUAUAGAUGCCCCAGUUACAUCAACAUUAGUUCUGCUACAUGUGGAUUGAGGUUGAGAAACAAGAGCAGAUUCGGCCCCUAGUUUAGCAGGAGGUGAUUGUGCUAUUGUUAUUCUCGUAAUAGCACCAUGACUAAUGAGCAUUUGAUGCUUGCGAUUAAAGUUAUUGACUAACUUCAUUGCACA